UGCAUUUUGUACUGUGUUUUUUGUUUGAUUGUGCUACAAGUAUACUUUUUUAAUAUUAAAAAUGCCUCGAAAAGUUACCAGAGAAGAUAGACAGAAUUGUAACCUGUACUUGUGCCGACGAAAAAAAAUAGUGCCGAGGAUAAACUUCUGCACCGUUGUCUGGGUGGUUUCACCCAGAACAAUAACGAAACUAAUAUAGCUGCAUGCACUUUUAAUGAAGGUUCKUUUGCUUUAUUGGCAUUUAUGCAAGAGAUGCACAUCGGAACAGGACCAAGUUCUCACGAAUGAGUGCGACAAGUUGAUGAGUUGCAAAUUACAAGAGCAGAGUAGCAAACGUCGCACGACAGUUAAACAAAAAGAGUUUUGCGUAGACAAGGACAAAAAGAUGCUUUGGACCUUCUCGAUGAAAGCUUUUCACUCUAUGGACCUGGCAUUGAUGACUGUGUAUGACUUUUCCGAGAGUUUCGUUGAACACCGCAAUAGGUAGGGUCCCUACGUGCGACUAGACUUUUGCACCAACUAGUGAGAGCGUGUUAGGAGCCUCAUGGAAAAUAGUAAAACGUAAACAGUGGAUGAAUGCAGUGAAAAAUUACGUAAAAAAUCCAAAAGACUGGGUACCAAAUAAAUAUACGAGGAUUUGUAGUACCCAUUUUAUAAAUAAUGAAAAAUCAGAGCAUCCGUUACAUCCAUCUUAUGUUCCUUCGAUUUUUCCUGGUCGUGAAAAUAUAAAAAGAAACAUUCAAUCCUUAGAACGUUUCCAACGAGUUAGAAAUCGUGAAAGAAAUACAAUCCACAUCAAUAAAUGUAUUGUAAGUGAAAAAAAUAGAAAUAACAUAAACAUUGAAAAUACGAUAGAUACAGUAAUGGAGCAAGGUGAUGAAGAACAUGCAAGUAGUGUUGAAGAACAUCAGAUUGAUAUUCAUGUUGAAACUGUUACGAUGAAGCCUGUGCAACGGAGCAUAAGUUGUCAAACAGAGAUAGUCACAGACGGAGUUUAUGAAGAUUUGACAUAUUUCUUUUGUAAUCUCAACUAUCAUAACGAUUUAAGCACGGCCGCAGUACAGGUAAAUAUUCCAAUAAAAAAAACUCAAAGUAAAAUUUGUGAAGCUAAUAUACCAAUUGUAAAAAAUGUUCAAGAUUCGAAUUGUGAUCCAAUAAAUAUAGAUCUUAAUAAAUCUUGUCAUGACAGUUCUAAUGUUAUUCAUUUUUUCAACAACACCGUACACAUGCUUCGAUUUGAAUAAUUGUUUGCCUUUCUCAUCGUUUUGGCCAUGUAUAAUAUUAUUAACUAAAGGUUGAAAUACAUAUUUUAUUAUUUUU